AUGGCUCCCUCCGCUACCCAAGCAUCAGCUGUACACUCUGAGGUGAACCCCGCCUCCAAGACGGCACAGAUAUCUCAUGGUCAUGAGCUCGCCCACCAGACGCCCCUCGAGGCCAUCUCCCAUGGCUCCGUCCCUCUGCCCGGCAUCCCCGUCCACCCCAAUUUCGCUGUCCACCGUGAGUGGAUUCUCAAUCAUCUAGCCGCCGCCUUCCGCCACUGGUCUCGUUCCAACUACGUUGAGGGCUUCAGCGGUCACAUAUCGGUACGCGACCCGGAAAAUCCCUCGGCCUUCUGGACCAACCCACUCGGCGUCCACUUCGGCCUCCUCAAGGCCUCCGACAUGAUUCUCGUCGAUUUCGACGGCGCCGUUAUCGGGGGUAAUCGCACAAGACCCCCGAACAAGGCCGGCUUUCUCAUUCAUUCGGCCGUCCACCAGGCCCGACCUGACGUCCACGCCGUCUGCCACGCCCAUAGCAUCUACGGCAAGGCCUGGUCCGUCUUUGGUCGCCGCCUCGACAUGAUCACGCAGGACGCCUGCAAGUUCUACGGCGACGCCCAGGCAGUCUACAAUUCCUACGGUGGUGUCGUGCUCGGCGCCGAAGAGGGCCACCGCAUCGCUGCCGCUCUCGGCCCCCGCGGCAAGGGCGCCAUCUUGCGUAACCACGGUCUAUUGACAGUCGGCCACACCGUCGACGAGGCCGCCUUCCUCUUCACCAGCAUGGAGCGCAGCUGCCAGGUCCAACUGCUCGCCGAGGGCGUUCAUGGCAUCCCCAAGGUCCUCAUCACCGAUGAAGAGGCCGAGUUCAACCGCGACGUUGAGGCGGACCCUGAAUACUGUUACUGCGAGUUUCAAGUCUACUACGACCUGGAGGAGCAUCUGUCCAAUGGCGAUUUUAAGAAAUGA